AUUUCUAUUGCGCAUCUCCUGAAGUGGGGAUACAGAGUCAAGUGAAAUUGAUAUCAGAAAUAAUCUAUUGAUGCACAAAAGUACUAUUGUCUUUUAAUGUUAAAUGAUAUUGAAGUACAGUAUUUUUAUAAUAUCGUAGUGCGAAGUAUUUUUUUAGCCGAACUACUACACAAUAUUAAGUGUACCACCUUAACCUGUAUUAUUCAAAAUGGUACUUCGUAUAUUAUCGUUAUUAUCUUCAGGCAGUAAUUCUGCAAGAUAUGGGUUGGUUGUGUUCCAUGAUGUUUCCUCUUUUGUUUCCUUUUUUGUUGAAAAUAAGACAAUUAAAAAGAAUUAUACAUUAACGAGAAGAUUUUUCGCAAAUACAGGUACAGAUACUAAACCAAAAAGUGAAAUAACAGUAUCAAAAAGACCCAGAACUGACUUGUUAUCUGAAGAAGAACUGUUGGCUCAAAAAGCUAGGGAAGAAGCAUUAAUUGUUGUAUCAGAAUGUGAAGAUGUUGGUAGUUGUUCAGGAGUUCCAGAAACUCAUAUAAAGACUCGUAGAGUACGUAUUUAUUGUCCUGCAAAAAAUGCUAUGCAAUCUGGAACAAAUAACAUAAAUUACUGGCAAUUGGACUUUGAUACACGUGAACGUUGGGAGAAUCCUCUUAUGGGAUGGACUUCCACUGGAGACCCUUUGUCUAAUGUUCAGGUAGCAUUUACUACAAAGGAAGAAGCUAUUGCACAUUGCAAUAAGAUGGGAUGGGAAUAUUAUAUUCAGAAACCAAAUGUUAAUAGUCCCAAGCCUCGUAGUUAUGGUACCAACUUCUCAUGGAACAAGCGUACUAGAGUUUCGACCAAAUAAAAAUUUAUUAGAGAAUAAUGAUUAUAGUUCAAUGAAUAGUUCCAAAUUAUUAUAUAUUUAAUUGUUGUAUGUAAAGUUUUAGACCACAAAUAAAUUUUUUUAGACUAACAUAA